CCUUGUUCCACAUCGUCUGUGGCAUGGAAGAAUAAAAGAGAAGCGAAUAAUGUCAUAGGUUUCGGCUAGAACUACAACUAACGAAAAAUAAACGAGGUUCGCAAAAGUGUUUCAAAAUGAGGAUGGUACUCCGUUUUUUGUUUCUUUUCUCGGUGCAUGGUUCGGGCUUUUUGGGUUUUCUCCCACCCGUAUUCUGCCUCAGUUCAUCUUCCUCGUCGAUUUGGUUUGCAGGUGGGGCCUCGAGUCCCGCAGUGAACCGGGGCAGAGGCCGACCCUCCACCGGAAGUCGAAGAUCACGUGGGGGCAGGUCUGGCGCAGAACGUGCGAUUGCUCCUUCACGAGAGCAGGGCUCUUCCUCUUCAGCACGCGGCGGAACGAACGCCACGGCAAUUAUUAUACCAGGGGCCGAACUCGAACAACAACCCCGCAGCAUCGAGGGCUUACUGAAGCGAACCGGCACGACGAGUUACAAAACAGUUCUUCCUGUCGACCCAGUGACGGGGAAAGUGAAGUUGCCGACGAACCACGCGCCGGUGGUGAGUCGGCAUGUAUACGGGCUUGCAUACCUCGGUAUCCCGCAGCAAAAUUGUGUAGCUCGGUGGAUCAAUAUUGUGUGCAUGUAGGUACAUGCUAACAUCUGCUGCAUCAUCUCCUGCAAAACACCAAACUUCUCAUGUAUUCGGGCUCGAGAUGAAUGGCAUCUUUUUGAAAGCCAAUCUUCGUCCAGUGUUGUUGAUAUACAUUUUACAUCCUAUAGCCUCAUACCAUACCGCACCACUUUUUCUGUUGGACACUCGGGUUAACCCGCAAGAUCGGGACGGUUGCUGUGCAAAAUGGGCGGCUGAUGAGCCGGACACUGGAGACGUAUAAAUUUCCGGACGUGGAUAUUCAUUACCCGGUGUUCCGUUCUUCCGUGCAGAAAACUACAAGCAGCGGUUCUCCACUGACGACUGACGGGGACCACCCGCCGUGGCUGCUGGGCCACAGCAUCGAGCCGGGUACAGACUGGACCGAUUUCUAUGCGCCCCCGAGCCCGGAGGAACAGGUCCUCCGUUCGGAACGGCAGUCGGCUCGCGAACACAAGGCCCGCAUAAAACGGGGACUCCUCAUCCGGAAGAGCUCCGGGGCGCAGCUGAAACCGGAAGAGGAGAAGAUCCUUGAGAGGGACGACGACGUCCGGUCCGACACCAGUAUCGACCGGGAGGAACUGGCGUCGAACCCACCGGAGGUGACCCGAGAAAACCCGUCUGCGUGGCACUUUCAUUACGUCGAUCUUCAGGGCAAUACUUUCCCUCUCUACUCGGGCACGCACGACGGAGAGUUCCACCCGCUCGACGAGGCAGAAGCAGGAACGCUCCCCACAGAGCCGCGAGAAGUUGUAGGGGAGGAAGCUGUGCGAGGGGCACCUGGAGCAGAAGAACUACAACCUUCUCCUCCCGAUCAGCUCGGAGAUGGGUCGGCGCUAGUGCAACCCACUGCUGCGUCAGCGAAUUCCGCUCCGUCAGAGGGUAGUGGUGGUGGCGCUGCAAGAGCUUCAUCUCGGAAAAGAGCUAGUAGAAGAAGCACAACAACUUCUACCCCAAAGGCAGGCAAGCAAGAGACCCUCUUGAAUGAGCACGAUGAAACCGUCAAACUCGGGACUGUGCGCGAGUUUAUGGAAUCGGCGAUCGUAACGCAAGCCGUCGGCCCCUUUUUGCAGCACUAUGUGCUCCACCGCCAGCAGAAGCACGUGCACACCGGUAUGAUGCGACUCCAAGACCGGCCUUUCCGAACAGCCUACGAACAAGACGGUCGCGGCGAAUCGAACGCGCGCGAGCAGCGGCGGCUGCCCUUUCAACCUCGGCAGCGUGUCGACUUUUCGCCAAUGCGCGCAAAGCCGGGUGUGGCCGACCAGGUGAAACACGCACUACUGCGCGCACCACCGGCGGCGAAGGACGAUCAAGAUGUGAAACGAGGAGCUCCAGACCAGGAGGACGACGAGGAGGAGGACCAGGACAUAUUGAUGUACAUACCAAGAUGGAAAAGUGCCCCGCCCCAGUCAUCAGAAUCGACCAGCAAGGUAGCUCAAGAACAUACUGGAUGAAAGCUUCAACAUCCAAACAAUACAGAGGACAUGUUGUAUUCAACAAAGGGACCACUGCCGCGUUAAUACCGUUGGUCUAGUUUUAGAAUCUAGGUGGGACAGCUACAACUUCUGUCGUUUGUCUGUGUACGUGACAAGUUCUUGUGCUGCCUUCUUCACUCCUGCGCCUCUCGUCAUUUGCAACACAGCGCUUCGCUCGUAAGUAUCUUCCCAUGGAUUUGCACCGUCGGGUGGACGAGUUGUUUCUUGCUACUUAGCUUUAGUCAGGGAGGUCGCUAAAAACAAGCAGGGCCUUUUUAUUAACUUUGAUAGCGCGAAGGGUCUCGGUUGAAGAUCGCCGAGGUGCACGUGUUCAGCGUGACGAGGCCGAAGCACGGGCCGGUGGGGGUCCGUCCCGUUUCCACUUCGGGCACGCGCUGCUUCCUCAACGAACCGUUGCACCUGUGCGUGCAGCGGGCCACCGACGCACGUUUUCGCCACCCGGGACUGCUGCAGCAGUUGCGUGCGCAGCAAUUGAUAAGCCAUUCCUACCAGCAUCCGACCUCGCCUGCUGCUUCCCGCGCACGGCCAUCAAGCAGAGCGACUACGCCCGUGGCGGCCGAUCAUGCAUUGUCGUCGGGAAACCGCACGAUGACCCCGGCGACAACCGCGUACCCCAGCGGGCUCGGUCCUGGUACAGAAUCUUCAAAAGGCCAUAAAGCGUAAAAGAAAAUGCGUCAAUAUGAUCGGAAUAGUACUUGUGAAUUACACAGCGCUAAGCAAGUUUACCGCCCAUGAUGAUCUUCCUUUUCGAUGAAGAUCACGAUCCUUAAUAUCAUGCAGCAGGCUCCUACCAUUGAAUUGAUUUAUUGCUGAACUCCAAAAACACGAUUUUCGUGCCAUCGAAGCAGUAGAUCAACACUACUGAAAGAUGAAAUACACUAAUCUUGAGGUCGACCAACUGGGCCGCCGGGAUUUUUCGUGCGAGUGACACUAAAGGCAGACAGGGUGCACAAGCAAAAAGCGAGCCGCGGUAAGACGAUGGUUUACAGUGGAGCAAUUCUGAUCCAAGCUCUGUUCACGCGCGCAGUGCUGGCUUUCACCUCCACUCGUUCUACUUUCCCGCCGAAAACAAAAGGAAAGAUGAAUGCGUCGCAGAUGCAUCUUCCGGCAGUUCCAGGAGCACCCGUGAACACACUGUCGGGCCUGGCGCCGGCGGUGGAGGGCGACUCCGAGGAGCAACGUGUUUUCGAAACCCUUGAAAGUACCGAACCCGACGACCACGGCGUGCGCCAGCUCCGGCUCCUGUUUAUGGACCCCGUUACCUCGGCUAUCAAGGACAGUUUUUUCCUGGACACGAAGUGGCUCCGGUCAGAACGAGACAAACUCUCUCCGCUACCCUAUCCGAUUGCACAACGAACGACAACCCCCCUCGUCCCCCUGCUCGUUUACUCUGCAAAAGCACACUGUACAGCACAGGUCUUCGCAUGACAAGUUUCGGGAACCGACCCCCGUUUACACAGUACUACGAAUAUAUAGGAUCAUCUGUGUCCAAAUUUGAAUUUGUGUUUCCGAGGCUACUCGCUUUGUGGCACUGUCUCUCUUGCUGGUUAUGCGUCUCGAAUGAGGUGGAAGAGUUGUGCACUCUCAUAGGCCCUACCAGAUGUGGCGAAACUUGUGGAAGCACGAGGUAUACACUCUGAAGGCUACGCAAGACUGGGAAGUUGGCAUGUAUCCUGUGUAAAUAAGUAAAUAAACUGACCUUUUUCUGUUGCCCAUGAGAACCUUGAGUCGGUAGUGUAGCCGUGCUUGGCUGGUGCAGCCGCAUCACAAAUCGACUUGGUUCAUGCACUGCCAAGGGGCAAAGUGUGCAGCUGCAUUAGCAUUAGUAAUUCUAUAUUCUAAUUUGUUUAGCAUGACAAUCGGGUAAAAAGGGUAACGACGUUUUUACAUAGGAUAGCAUGAAAAACUUCUUUAUCCCCUUCGGAUGUAUGUCGGGGUUGAUCAUCGGGUCCCUGUUUCUGACGGGUCUUGUGCAACGGCGGCGGCAGAAGAAGCUGCAGAAAAUCCAGCAAGCGGAGGCGGAGGAAGCGCGAAGAAUGCGAGACGAAGCGGAUCGGCUGCAUCGGCGCAAGAGUAGUAGUUCUUUGAUGAAGGCAAAGAUGAAAGAGGCACGAAGAAGCUCGGUCUCCUCGACGCAGCAGGAGCACCUCCAAAGGGGCGAGAGGACGAAUCAGAAUGUACAACUUCCUCGCCCGGAGGUGCGGAGGAACGCAAAUGACAAUGGAGAUGAACAAGUUUUUGUCCCAUUGACUCCUCGAAGGAACUCGCUAUCAAAUGCAAAUAUGUCUGGGUCUGGAAGGAUGUAAUUUGUGAUGCGCAUUUCAGAACACACAAAAAUCUCUCAUGCAUAGGUAGCAAAAGCUGCCCACUUUCUGUCACCAAAAUGGGGGAUUUGUCAUGCGGGUUCGGCAUUGCGGAAGCUUCUCAAAACCUGUGAUGCUAGAGCUGCCAUGCCAGACCUUCUGUGUCAUGCAGAAACUGCAUGACUCUUCCAGACCCAGACAUUUUUACAUUUGAUACUCGACCACGGCGCGUAAUUUCCUGGAUCGUGGUGGCCGCAAGUUGUCGCGGUCCAUAUGGCGCUCUCAACUGUUACAUUCUCAACUGUUACAUGAAUUUGUCAUGCUAAAACAGCAAUAGGAAAAGGGGCAAGCUUGCAAGUCUUGCAUCACAAAUUUGGCACGGAUUUAGAUGCUGUUUACCCCUCCGAGAAUUUGUCAUGCGAAGCAGCUUCAUUGUCUGGUGGCUCAUGGUCAUUUUGCAUGACAAAUCCAUGUAACAGUUGAGAAUGUAACAGUUGAGAACGCCAUAGUCCAGUCGAAUUUCGUAUGCGUCGAAAAACGCGAGUGCGAGCGAGAAGGAGCAAGACAAAGACUGUGGCCACGCAAGAACAUCAUCCCAGAAGUACAACCGAAGAGAACGAUCGAGUAGAACCUCCGAACAAUCUGAGGUGUCCAGUGCGGUCGCUGGCUCUGGCCACGACCACCCUGCUCAACAUCAUGGGCGUCGGCGGAGGAAAAAAAGUGGUAGCAGUCACUUCGGAGUUCUGGCCACCGCACGACCCGCACCACCCAACAAACGGCUCCUCGACGCGCCUGUGCCUGGUACCAACAACUCGUCUUCACAUCAAUACCAGGGGCAGGAGAAGUCGCCUGGGGUAGCACAACUCCGUGUUCCCCCCCAGUUCGCCGGGACAACAAAGUACCUACAGGUGAAAGCUCAUCCGGACUACGGAAACUUCGAUCAAGUUGGCGAAAUGCUGACCCAUCGGGAGCGCCGCUCUACCGCGGUGGCGCCGGCCGUGUACUCGCUCACGAGUCCCCGGAAGUCGCGGAACUUCAGAAGUCCAAGCCCAGGCGGCUCAAAUACUACGGAAUAUUCUUAAAAACACGACAAGUGCUGAGCUGAUAAAGAGCACGGGGCGGCGGUUAAAGUUAACCAGACACAAGGUCCUGCAGAAAGAGGAACUCAACAUCAUUAAAUGACAUCGAGACUUCGCCGGUGAUUCUUACUGCUGGGUCAAAAAGAAAAUAGUUGGACAAACAUAAAAAUAAUGACAAGGCUUCUGCAUCUGCUCGACAAAGCAGUUGCACACCAUCCGGAUUGUGCUCCUUUUUCGAGGACAAUGUAGUUGCGCCUCGACAAGCCUCGUGCCCCCGCCCUUGCAGGGAAGGGGGGCUGCCAGCAGGUAGUCAAUUGUUCGGCUGCGAACUACAUCAUAGCACAGACUUCGGACACGGAAAGUCUGUCCGUCUUGCUAACGAACAGCCCGCCCUUGUAGGGAAGGGACGAAGCUAUCGGAUGCUAGUCGUUUAGAACAAAAAGCCUCGCCUUGUAGGGAGGGGCGCCUAGCACGAGCUCGCAGCUCGUGCAAACGUCUCUUCGCAUAGACGACCACGUAGCGGAAGACAGUGAGCGAUACGCAACCUGCCUCCCGCAGGGAAGCUAAACGCACCCGGCCCCGGCUUCUGGGUGCGGGUCUCAAUGCAGUUAGGUUGGCCAGCAGCUAGCUAGCUACCGCGCGCGCCCCUCAGCGCUCGCAAGCACCAGGCGCAACGGCGCAACCCUGAGGCGCAGGUGGCGCGUCAGAGCACGCGGCCACUGCAACAAAAGGGACGCACGCCAAGCGCAGGCGCUUUCGGCAUGCAGGGCCGCGACUGCCGAGAACCAGCAAGAGGAAGCCAGGAGCUGCCCCAGUUCUUCGCCCGCGUGGCUGGAGUGCUGUGCGCGGUGGCACCGGCUUAGCCGGGGGCCCCGUUAUCAUUAGUAGCUUGUCUUCUAUCUGUCUUCCGCAUCGCGCCGGCCUUUGUGAGGAAUGCAAGCCCAGACGGGAGAGCAUUGCAGCGCCCCUCCUCUUCUGUCAAAGAAGCUGGGCAGACGAGGAGGGCGCAAAGCAUCCGCGGAAGCGCAGGAUGCCCCCCGACCGCAUCACCUACAGGUUAGUAGCUUGUGACCGAUGUGUGCCGGUACUUCGCGGCAAAAUCGAGCAACACGGCGCUAGCAGCGAGAAUCGCCUUGAUGUGGCCGUCAGGAACAAGGAAUAGAGAUUGCCGGAGCGUUUAAGUACGCCCGCCCCCCUAGGGGUCGCAUAGGCUCCUCCCGGCUCCGAUGUUCACCUUUUUCAUCCGGAUUGUGCUCCUUUUUCGAGGACAAUGUAGUUGCGCCUCGACAAGCUUCGAGGACAAUGAAGUUCACGCUCUUUUUUUAUCUUGAGCUCGAACAAUCGAUAAAGAAAAUACAACAACGACAUUAGAUUAAAUGACUACUUCUCUGUUUAUUUCCGGCAAGAUUGGGACAGGGAUUCAUUCACAAUGAACGUUGACAGGAAUUGUAUUCGUACCAAGUCGAUGCUUCCGUGGAGAAUAAAAGCCGACGAUAUUCUUUGAAGCCG